AUGUCGAACAAUACUCCAUUGCCGUCGUCUUUCGAUGGCAAUACUGAUUUCUAUGAAGAAAAUCGCUGGCAGAAACUAACUCGCCGUCUUAAAGAAGAGCCUCUCAUUCCCCUGGGUUGUAUCCUCACCUCCCUCGCUCUCGUCGGCGCAACCCGCUCCAUCCGAGCCGGCGACCACAACCGCACUCAACGCAUGUUCCGCGCACGUAUCUACGCGCAAGGCUUCACCCUCCUAGCUAUGGUUGCCGGAUCCAUGUACUGGGAUUCCGACCGUAAGAAGCGCAAGGAAUUUGAGGGAGUAUUGUCGGAGCAAAAAGCUAAAGAGAAGAAUGAAGCUUGGAUUAGAGAAUUAGAGGCCAGAGAUGAGGAGGAGAAGGAGAUGAGGAGGGUGAGGGAUGAAAGGAGAAGAAGGGCGGAGGGAAGACCGGCACCAAAGGCUGUGGUAACGGAUGCGCCAGUGGAGGAAGGGGAGAAGACGAAGGGGGGAGUCAUGGAACAGAUGAGUGGUUUGGUGUGGGGAAAGAAAUGA